GCAAGAUGGCGGCGAUACGGACGAGGUGUUAUUGCCAGUGGACAUAAAAAGACAUUUUAUUCAAAAUAUAAAACUAAUUCAAACUCAUUCAUACGCUUGACCGAAUCGUGUGUGUGUUUAAGUCGGAACCAGCGUCGACGUCUUUUUUUACUUCACGUGUUUCAACGUUUUUUCUUGUAAAAUGUUCACGUUGUAGCUCGCUCGCUAACCGACCAGCUGGCUAACACAGAGCAGUUACUAGCUAGCUAUCUAUCACAGCCAAGCCGCCGUGAAGUGUAGAAUGGGCGAAAAGCUGGAGCUCAAGCUCAAAUCGCCGGUUGGAGCAGAACCUGCUGGCUACCCGUGGCCCUUACCAGUAUACGACAAACACCAUGAUGCUGCUCAUGAAAUCAUCGAAACCAUUCGGUGGGUGUGUGAGGAGAUACCAGACCUCAAACUGGCAAUGGAAAACUAUGUACUCAUUGACUAUGACACCAAAAGCUUUGAAAGUAUGCAGAGACUUUGUGACAAGUACAACAGGGCCAUUGACAGCAUUCACCAGCUGUGGAAAGGGACCACCCAGCCAAUGAAGCUGAACAAGCGUCCUUCCAACGGUCUGCUGAGACACAUCCUGCAGCAAGUUUACAACCACUCAGUGACUGACCCAGAGAAGCUGAACAACUAUGAGCCCUUUUCCCCGGAGGUGUACGGAGAGACGUCAUUCGACCUGGUGGCUCAGAUCAUUGAUGAAAUGGAAAUGAUGGAAGAUGACACCUUUGUGGAUCUUGGCAGUGGAGUUGGGCAAGUAGUGCUGCAGGUUGCAGCAGCAACCAAUUGUAAACACUACUACGGUGUGGAAAAAGCGGACAUUCCAGCUACCUAUGCAGAGACCAUGGACAAAGAGUUUAAGAAAUGGAUGAAAUGGUAUGGAAAGAAGCACGGGGAGUACACACUGGAGAGAGGAGAUUUUCUGUCUGAAGAGUGGAAAGAAAGGAUCGCCAACACAAGUAUUAUUUUUGUGAAUAAUUUUGCCUUUGGUCCAGAGGUAGAUCACCAACUGAAGGAGCGCUUUGCUAACAUGAAGGAAGGUGGGAAAAUUGUAUCCUCCAAACCUUUUGCACCUUUAAAUUUUAGAAUAAACAGUCGAAACUUGAGUGACAUUGGCACAAUAAUGCGUGUGGUGGAGCUUUCUCCACUGAGGGGCUCUGUGUCCUGGACUGGAAAGCCAGUUUCCUACUACCUGCACACUAUUGACCGCACCAUACUUGAAAACUACUUUGCUAGUCUCAAAAAUCCUAAACUCAGGGAGGAGCAAGAGGCAGCUAGGCGACGCCAGCAGAAAGAUACAAAAGACAGUAAAAGCAAUAGCACCACACCCACAAAACCCAAGGAACAAAACAAGCAGGACUCCUGUGGUGAGGAGGAGCGCCCUAGCUUAGUGACGGUGGUGAAGCCCGCGCCCAAACCCCGACGGGCUCGUCUCUUGUCCAAAGGGCGGAAGUUAAACAACAAAAAGCGUGGUCGGCCUAAGAAAGCAGCCGUGAAUGCUGCCGAGAAGAAAAACAAGAAGAAUCAGAGCGCAUUGGAUUUGCUACAUGCCAAGCUGUUUUCUGCAGCACCCACUCAGGAUGCAUACCGGCAACCUCAAAGUCCCUUCUACCAGCUACCUCCCAAGGUCCAGCACUAUCCCUCUAGUCAACUGCUGCUGAGCCCGACUCCUCCAGGUCUGCAACAGCUGCUAGAUAACAUCAAAGUUCAGUACUUACAGUUUAUGGCCUACAUGAAGACUCCUCAGUACCGGUCUAAUCUGCAGCAGCUUUUAGAGCAGGAGAAGCAAAAACACAGGGACCUGUCUGGGCAGGCGGAGCAGCUCCAUUCAGUUUGUCAGUCUCACAAGGACAAGAUCAAAGGUCUCUUUCAGACCAAACUAGAUGAGCUGGGUGUGAAGGCCUUGACAGUGGAGGACCUUUUGCAAGCCCAAAAGGAGAUAUCGGCCCACAAUUGUCAACUGAAAGAGCAGACUAAGCAGCUUGAGAGAGACAUGGCAUUGCUGAGAGAUCACAGUCUUCUACUGCUUAAGUCUCGUUGUGAGGAGCUGAAGCUGGAUUGGGGGUCUUUGUGUCUGGAGAGUUUACUAAAGGAGAAACAGGCUCUACGUAGACAGAUAUCUGAGAAACAGAGGCACUGCUUGGAGCUGCAGAUCAGCAUUGUGGAACUGGAGAAGAGUCAAAGGCAACAGGAGCUGCUUCAGCUGAAAUCCUACAGCCCUUGUGACGGUUCCCCAUACAGAAAGAAUCUGGAAUCACGCUCUUCCACAGACAUGGACUCCUCCAAGUUGGGCCUGUCAUCUGCCCCCACCCACAAUGGUGUCAGUCCAGAGCUGACCAUGAAUGGCACCAGUUCACCCUGUUUUGAUCGUACAAAUACCAAGGGCGAGCUUCUUUCUCGCUACCUCCCCAUCUCCCCGGACCAUGACAUCAUGCCCGCCACCCCGGAUACUCGGCAGAGACAGCACAGCUCCUCCCAUGCACUUCCUGACUACACACGUUUCUCCCCAGCCAAGAUUGCCUUGCGGAGACAUCUUAACCAGGAUCCGACUGCCUCUGCUCAUUUAAGGGGUCCUGGGCUGACGGCACACAGGGGAGAACUAGGUAGUAUUAACUCUCCACUUGGAGCCAAACAGAGCUGCCCUUCUCCCAAUGCAUGUGAUGCUCAGAAUAAUACUCCUAAGAACUCUGAAAGGGGUUGUAAGGAGAAGAGUCCAUCUUUUCAGGGUGACAAUAGCAUUACAAGCCUUCCAAUCAGCAUCCCCCUGAGCACAGUCCACCCAAGCAAGCUACCGGUCAGCAUCCCACUGGCCAGCGUGGUGCUACCUAGUCGUGCUGAGAGGCUGAGAAGUACACCAAGUCCUGUCUCUCAGACAGGUCAGACAAAUGGAUAUUCAUCCAGCUCAGGGCUGAUGAAUGGAGGUCCCCACCCUGAGGACCAUAAUGGUGCUUCUUUAUCUCCUCCACACUCCAACACUCCUCUGAUAGGACCAAUGGGCCGAGGAGGUUCCAUCCAGAGUCCACCACUCAGCACUGGAGGUGUGCUUCAGUAUGCAGAUGGACCACCAAGGAUUCUUCCGGAAGAUGGACAGGAUCCUCGGGGCGAGUCAGACACAGAGCCCCAGGAUAGUGAAAUGCGAAGGAGAAUCUUUUUCUCCUCCUCGUCUUCUUCUUCCUCGUCUUCCUCAUCCAGCAGCGGAGGCAGCGCAGCUGGUGGAUCACGCCUCCACCAUCACACUGGCAACUCAGCCAAGCAGGGAUACCAUAGUAACCAUGGAAACCACCACCACCAGUCCCCGGGCACACAGCACACUCACACACCCACACACACGUCAUCAUCACACUCCUCUCACAACCUUGGCUCUCAGGAGGGACGCAAGAGGGGGAGACGGAAACGCAGCUCUGCAGGAGCCAUCACAGCCAGCGGUUCCCCAAAGAGGAGGUCAUUCCCUGGACUCGGCUCCAGUAACCACUCCUCAGGAUCACCACUCAACAUUAAUUCCAUGGUGAAUAACAUCAACCAGCCUCUGGAGAUCUCUGCCAUCUCUUCCCCAGAGCAAUCAAGUCGGAGUCCCAGUGGCCCUGACCUGGACCAGCCUCCUAUCCUGAAGAGAGAGCGCCCCCUGGAGCUUAAUGGCACAGGUCGUUACUCUUCAGCUCCAAGCUCUGAUGAUGAGGACUCAGGCUAUCCUGCUGACAGCUCCAGUUCUCGAAUUGAAAGAAAAAUUGCCACUAUAUCAUUGGAGAGCAGAGAUGUACCCAGUAGACUUGUAGAUAGUGAAAGAGGCAGGAAAUCUGGUAGCAGCAGUGGCAACAGCACAGGCAGUGAAGCCUCCUCUUCAUCCUCCUUGUCUUCUAACAGUAAAUGGAAAUCCACAUUUUCACCUAUUUCGGACCCCAAGCAACCCAGCAGUGACAUGAGACAGGGGGGUUCUCCGUUUGGCCUCGGGGGGUCAAGCCGAGGCGCAGAUUCUGAUUCUGACCAUAAACAACAUCAGCAGGCGAGGAAAGGGAGUGACGGAGAACCGUCCAGUUACAUGACCCCUAACCCCUUCCUCAGUCAGGAAGCAGGGAUCCGAGGCGGAGGCAACGGUGGCGGUGUUUCCUCAGGGUCUGGUGGGUCAGAGCAACGGCAGGCCCUGCAGAAACAGAAGACCCCUCGGGACUGGGAGCUGAAGACCGGCAGCAGCCUGGCCAGUCAGAACCUGUUCAUUUCAGCAGCUGCCAGCAGUGGAGGGGGUAUUCUGAGUGGGAAGGUCGGAGGCAGUCCUGUAGCAGUGUCAUCGACCACAGGAUCUUCUGUGGGACAGUACUUAGGGUCUCAGUUUCCACUCGGAGGGACCUCAGUCUUACAGUCGUUGUUCGGGGCUCAGACAGGUGGAUCCACGGUGAGUGGGUCUACACGACUUGUCAAUGGACACUCUGCCCUGGGAAGCUUCUCCAGUGCUGGACUGGCAGGGGGAGCAGCUGGAGGUAUAUUUCACCACGUGGUUCCCUCAGUGUCCUCCCAUCAGUUUGGGGCAACGCUGCCCACUUCUGGAGGCCUCAGCUCUCUGCUCAGUCUCUCCUCCUCUUCCUCCACCUCCUCCCAAACCCAGCAGCACACCACUUCCCAACCGGCCUCCACACGCCAGACCUCCGUGUCCUCACCUCUCCCCCUGUCUCUGUCCCAGGCUCAGCACAGCCGUACCCAGUCAGUCCUGCACAGCCCUUCUCCUCCCACGCUCUCGUUGCCCCCUCCACCGCCCCUCCACAGUGUCCCCUCCUCCUCAGCGCCCACACACCCCGACACCCCGUCAUCCUCUCGACCAGACGCCCUCCACUCUUCCCAUCUGUCCCACUCCUCUCUCCACCACCAGAGAGCACAGUCAUCCCUCUCUCUGUCCAUGUCCUCCCCCUCUGCCUCCUCUGUCUCUGUCGCUGCUCCCGCCUCCCUCUCUUCGUCCUCACUGUCAGCCUCCUCCUCGUCUCGUCCAUUUGCAGUGCACUACUCCCCUCGACUGCCGCCUCCGCCACCAGCUAGCAGCUCAGGUGGUGGAGGGAGCAUGUGGAGGACUCAGGGCAUGCAUGGUACCUACACCACCUCCCAGCUACCCGGCUCCAGACCAAGAUAGGGUUUGGGGGUUUGG